UCAGUGCGUAAGUAGCUUUCAAUAAGGAAUAUAUCAUCCAUUCAGGUUCAAGUAAGGAUGAGCUCAACCUAUGAUGUGAUGAAGGGAAAGCCAUGGAGAGCUGUUAACUUUGACUGGGAUUUUUCAAUUGGUGAUAAUAAACUUAAGAGGGGGAUAGCAAUUAUACAAGAGAGACAAAAUAUUGUUAAAAUGUUUAAAGAAUUAAAGUUUAACAUUUACCCAUCAGAACAAGCCAAAGAUACAAGAAAUUUAUCCAAGUCCAGAUUUUUGGAUGUACUGAAUAAAUUUAAAAGAUUUUGCUGUGAAGAACCGUGUGGGUGCAUUUUGGUGACAGUGUCUUCCCACGGAGUCAUCAUACGGCAAGACGGACAGACAGAUGAUGUGGAAACAUACGAGGAUUACGUCUUGACACAUCCAGAACCAGACCAAUCAGGAUUCUCACCAGAAUUUAAAGAUGAACGGGUCUCAGUUCGGGAAAUAGUUGAAAUAUUCAGAGAUCCUAGAUUAAAAGGAAUACCAAAAAUAUUCUUUAUUCAGGCAUGUAGAGAUGACUCAAAACAUAACACCACGGGAAGUCAGGGAUUAGAUGAAGGUGUACAACUUUUUGUUGAAAAGGAUGCAGAAGAAAGUAGACCAAAUAUUUCUGUUCCGGUUCCACCAGCACCACCUGAAAAUAAAAUUGUAUACUCACCUCCCUGUAUUGAUGAUAGUGUAAUAGUGUUCUCAACCCCAUUUGGCUAUGCAGCAGGUUUUGAAUCAAGGAGAGGAAGCCAUGUUUGGAGUGAUCUUACUAUCAAAUUUAAGGAGGCUCAGAGGCCUUUAAAUCUUCUGAAUUUAUUGAAAGAAACCAACAGAGAGCUUUCUAAAUCUCAGCAUACUAUCGAUAAAAAUGAAAAAUCAGUUGUAUAUAAACCUUUACUCAGUAUCUGUUAUACACUUACAAGACACAUUGUGUUUGAGGUAUAAUUAACAGCUGAUUAAAAAAUAUGUGUUUUCUCUAAAUUCUGUUUUUAUGAAGAGAUGUGCACAUGUAGCAGUCUAUAAUGUACUACAUUACUGUAGAUUCCUUAUUUUUCGUGUGUACUUAAUAUAGCAAAAUGGCUCUUAGACUUCAAAUCGCAAGAACAAUAAUUAUUCAUGAGUGGACAGUUGAUCGAGGAUCAAGAAAUUUUAUAUGGAUUUCAGUACCAUAUUAAAAGCGAGUAAAUUUAUGUCGCGAGUGGUGCUUCUUGCAAAAUUACACGAUAAUUCCUCGUGUAUAUUUAGGAAUCUUCAGUAGGCCUUUUCAGACAAGAGAUAUUACAUUUUGCAAUCAGUUAUGCAUUGAGUGUAAAAGAAGGUUAACAUCAUCCACAUUUUUUGUUUUCUUGUUUAUUCACCAGUAAAUCCUACUCAUUUUGACUUUUCCAUCUCUAUCAGUAAUGUUAUACCUGAUCAUGAUAAAUAUAUCAGUGUGCAAUACUUCAGGUAAUCUAAAGCCCAUCAAAAGGGGGAGCUCUAGCUGUUAUAAUUUUGAUUUUGGACUGCAUGGCUAUGACACCACUAACAAUUCCACAUCAAAGUUACUGGCAUUAACUUCAUGAAUGCCAACUAAUUGUCUUUUCAACUAAACAACACGUCUUAAUUUGUGAGUGCUUCGGAAGAGGUAUUAAGAUAAGAAAAUAUUACUGUUUAAUAUUUAACAGAAUAUUAGUGUUCAUGUUAUUUGUGCAUUGUAAUACAGCUGAACUUCGGUAUCUCGAACACCAAUAUCUCUAAUACCAUGGAUAUGUGGAUGUGAUUUGGAAGUCUCUAUCACUUAUUCUUUAAGUAUUUUACCCUAGAUAUCUUGAAUCUUCAGAUAUCUCAGUUUUUUUCUCAUCCAAUCAAGUUCGAGAUAACAAGGUUUGACUGAAUUAAAUUAUUGGUUAAGUGGCAAUGAAAGGAUGUAACAAAACAGUUAUUGACUUGAAAUUUUGGCAGCAACAUUUUUGGCUUUAGGUCCAAAAAUUCAAAUUGCCUUCAUACUCAGUCAGCAGCUUGUCAUAUUAAGUGUUUGAUUUUCAUAUUUUGAAUGUGAUUAGAUCUGAUACUCCGUACUCCUUCUCCAUCAAAAAUUAAAAUAUCAUGUUCCAUGUCUUUAUUAUAAUGUACAAACUUUGGAUUAUGAUUAAAAGUUGAAUGACUUUGUCAUAUAAUAUUUCAUGUAUUCUCAAUUCUUUAUUUUUAUA